CAGCAGCCGUCGCACGAGCCUCCGCCAGAGACAGAACCACCCACGCAGAAGACGGAUUCACGCAACACACCACACGCACGCACGUACGCCGGUGACAAGCGGAAGGAGGACGCCGGCAUGGCGAAGAGCGGCACGGAGGAGUGGCGUCGCAACGCCGACACGCACAAGAUGAGCCCGGAGGAGGUCCGGGCCGCGGGGGUGGAGGCGUCCAUGCGCCCGCCGGGCCGUGGCGGCGGCGCCGGGGAGGUCCUGCACCAGCGAGGCGGCCGCCUGCCGUACGGGCCCGGGACGAUGGCGCUGAUGGGGUUCGGCAUCGUCGGCGCCAUCGGCUACCUGGUGCUGUACCAGAAGGCGAGGCCCGGCACGCCGGCCACGGAGGUCGCCAAGGUGGCCGUCGGACACGGCGACCCUGCCGUCGGCCGCGAGGUCCAGAAGCGCCAAGACGAAGCGCAGCCGCCGCCACCGCCACGCGAAGGGAAGUAGACUAGUUUAGUAGCAGAAGAGCUGGAGGAUUUGCGGCGUUUGUGCUUCGAGUUACUUCUGACUCGAUUUUAUCUGCUAGCCGCGCUUCUCAGCUUGGGUACCUUUUGUCGUGGACCAUGCACGCGUGUGACUUUCUAUCAGAAAUGACACAGCAGAAAUAAAUAAUCGUAGAUGUAUUAGUUGCUUCUAAUAUUCGAGAAACCGGCAGUGACGAGUAAAGAUGUGAAACCAGUAUGUUGGGCAGA